CUGUCCAGGUGUCGCUUCCGGACUGGGCUGGGCUGUGCGGUUAACGUCAAAGCGGCCACCUUGCUCCAGGUAAGGAGCGCUUGCGGACGGUGGGUGGCCAGGAGCAGCGAGCCCCGAGCUCUAGGCGACAUGUGCGGCUUCGAUAAGGUGAAGGGUCCCCGGAAUUUAAUGAGAAAGGGAAUCGCGCUAAUUUUUCUUGGGCACAUCAACUUCAUUGUUGGCGCAAUCGUUCAUGGCACUGUCCUGAGGCACAUUUCAAAACCUGAAGGAAAAGUGACUGCUGAAUAUUCAGUGGCCAACAUUAUUUGUGUCAUCUCAGGUUUGUUGAGUAUCUUAACGGGUAUCAUCGCUAUUCUGGUGUCACGGAAUGUAACCAAGAUAAAACUGCACUGGGGAUUAAUGUCAAUCUCUCUACUAAAUAUUUUGGUAUCAUUGGCCUGCUCAGUUGGACUGAUGCUUGCCAUUGUGCUGACAGUAUCACUUGGUGGCAGGAACCUGCUUUCUGGCUGCAACUCUACAAUGGUGCCAGCUAUCUCGAACAGGGCAGCGAUAAUGAAUGAGUGCCCAUUUGACACCACACGUAUCUAUGAUACUACACUGGCUUUAUGGAUUCCAUCAAUGAUGAUGUCUACAGUUGAAGCAAUACUAUCUAUCCGCUGUCUUAUAGUAUCGAUGAUUCUUCGAGGGAUAGGGCCUUGUGGACAGAAUGAUGUGAUGGAUCGGAUCGAGGAGGAAAACCCAGCAAAAGGAAAGAAAAGCCAGGAAUUGGAAACUCAUAAACUCAUCAGGAAGAGUAGAGACAUCCAGGUGUAGUGAAGCAGGUGAAUGUUUCCUUUACCAACUCAAUGCAAUGCCGCUUAUAUUAGAAUUCACAUACAGCAGCUGAGCAAGAUGGAUUGUUUUUGAGGAAUGAGCAUAUAAUUUUUGACAAAUGAGGAUGCUGCACUGAUCAUUUAAUAUUAUUUUUAACUUGUAAUUUAGAACUCCAAGUUGGAUGUAUAUAAGAAUAACUGUGGUCCCUCUUCUAUUGGGUGAAAUGCUAUUCUGAUCAAGAUUAUUACGAAACUAAACUACACCCAAUUGACUUGUAUUUAAGGCAGAGAGCCAGAGAAGCCAAAUACACUCCUGUGCAGUUUCCAGUUAGUGCCGAUUUUGUAUUAAGUUAAGAGAGUCGUAUCUGCUGAAUGGUUUAUGGUUAUUAUCUAGAAAGGAAUCAGCCAGGUUUCCUGCUUCUAAUUGCUGUCUAGAUUGAAAAUGAGCAUCAGCUGAAGAAAGGUGCAGGCUUGAUGUGAUUCUGUUAAUGAAAGAAAAAACAACCCCUUUCAUUGCCUGUGGGAGUAUAUUCAUCCCUUUCUAUUUAGAUCCCUGUUUGUGACGCACAGUAAAUCUACAGAGCUUGGAACGGAGCUGUGGUUUGUCUUUCCAGUUUCUUCUGAGAGAAUAUAGGAGCUGCCUCAUGUUUUGCUCAUGUUUUCCCCGGUGAACUGACUAAGCUUGGGAAAUUACCACUUUGUAACUAUGGAGGCUUUAUGACUGUAUUCUGUAAUUCCAGGCAAUAUCUGGAUAUGGUCAGCAAUCCUUGGACUUGGUACCUGGACUUGACAAAGCCUCCAAAAUUGUUGUUAUAUUGCAUUCCAUUUAUUUGAUAGCUCAGGGUCAUGUGGCCCUGAAGUUGGCCAAGAGAACAUGGUUCCAAUUCCUGUCUUUGGUUUAGCUGAGGGCACUGAUUAGCAGAAUAAUACAAUUCAGUCUGGUGACCAAGUCAGUGGUGGGGGUGGGAUGGUCUACUCUCUAAGUCCAGCAGCUUGUUUUGUUGGUAAUCAACUUUGGAAAGCACUGGUUGUGACAUCCACCCAAGGGUCAGCAGGCUUUGCGAGUUCCAUCAAGACUUGGAUCUGAAGAAUGACAGACUGGAAGAAAUACCCAAAGUUGACCAUUGAACUUGAAUUAUGGUGCAGAAUUGACAGCUUCAGGGGAGUAGAUGGAAGCAGAAAAUAUUUGAGUUCUAAUGAAUUGUGACAGUGCUGAUUUCCAAGGACUUGUUGUGUUUUAUUUUCCUUAAUCACACCAAAUGACAUUUUCCUGCAGGUCGGUUGUUGCUACAAAUUAUGUAGAAAUAGCAACAAAUGUUAAAUUUUAACAUGGAGUUAAGACGAUUAAUUGUGAAUAUCCUUUUAAAAAUCGUAAUUUGUUUUUUAAAGUAUCUUUUUAAGAAAGCUAAUAGUCAUUGGUAGUACACAAUCUGAAUUAAAUGACUCUUU